AUGGAUCUCAUAAAUCCAUCUCUUUUACGUAAUUCUCAGUUCCAAGGGACUCCAGCUACCAAUGCUGGCCCAUCGUCAUCAUCGGUUUCACCGACUUCUUCACCUAGCGAGAGUAGUCUACAAACGGAGUCUACGUUGAAUAUUUCUUCUACCGCUAGAGGAAACUGUAUUAAUUCCAACGAGCCAACUUCAUUAGAGAAGGCGGAACGACCGAGUUUGAGCUAUAAAGAUUUGAUUAUUGAAGCUAUCGAAAGUAGUCCUGAAAAGCGUCUAAAACUAAAUGAAAUUUAUCAGGUUUAUUUUUUUCAUACUAUUCAUUUAAUGCUUAAAUUCUCGUCAACUGCUGUUUUUUUACAAACUUCAAAGUUGUCGUUAUCUCUUCUUUUCCUUCCCUCAAAUUCCUUUUUGAAACCAUUCUUGGUGUGA